AUGGCGGCUCCGCAAGUUUCUCGCUCGGGAAAGAAGAAUAAAUGGUACUUUACCCGCGAGCAGAUCGAGAACAGUCCAUCUCGCCGAGCGGGACUUGACCCUGAUAAAGAAUUAUCGUACAGACAACAGGCUGCUAAUCUUCUACAGGACAUGGGACAGCGGCUCAAUGUAUCCCAGCUCACCAUCAACACUGCCAUCGUGUACAUGCAUCGCUUCUACAUGAUCCAGUCCUUCACUCGCUUCCACCGAAAUGUGAUUGCCCCUGCUGCCCUUUUCUUGGCAGCGAAGGUUGAAGAGCAGCCACGCAAGCUGGAGCAUGUUAUUAAGGUGGCCCAUGCCUGUCUCAAUCCUCAGGAGCCUCCUCUAGACUCUAGGAGUGAUACUUACCUGCAACAAUCCCAAGACCUGGUCAUGCUUGAGAGCAUUAUACUCCAGACCCUCGCUUUUGACAUCACCAUCGACCAUCCUCACACACAUGUCGUCAAGUGUACACAGCUCGUACGAGUUGUUCCAGCUAGUAAGGACCUGGCCCAGACAUCAUAUUUUAUGGCAACCAACAGCCUGCACCUGACCACAUUCUGCCUGCAGUACAGUCCGCCUGUUGUUGCGUGUGUGUGCAUUCAUUUGGCCUGCAAGUGGUCUAACUGGGAAAUACCCGUCUCUACUGACAGCAAGCACUGGUGGGAGUACGUCGACCGAAAAGUCACUCUCGAGCUGCUGGAUGAGCUCACGCAUGAGUUUCUGCAGAUCUUGGAGAAGACACCGAGCCGAUUAAAACGCAUUCGAAACUGGAAAGCGUCAGGUCAAACGGCGAAGAAGCCGAAGGAGGGCGACAAAACGGAGACCAUUAUGAGCAUGAUCUCCAUGGCAUCCUCUGAAAGCACGCUGGUCGGCCUGAUGAGCCUCUCGGCUCCAUCUUCGGCCUCCUCGUCCCCCACACCCACGUCAUCCGUGGAGGAUAAGCAGCCUGUUUUCAAAGUGCCUAACCCACCAGAACCACCUGCUCCCACGCGAGUGUCUCUGAGCGAGUAUCGCGCCAAGCACGCUGACGAGCUCGCCGCGCAGAAAAAGAAGCUGGAAAACAUGGAGGCCUCUGUAAAGCGCGAGUACGCCACAGCCGCCCAGGCCCUCAUGAACCAGCAAAGAAAGGAGAAGCACCAUCAUAACCACCAGCAACAGCAGCAGCAGCAGCAGCAAGCUGGCUCGAGCUCCUCGGAGCCCAUCGUCCUAAAGAUUCCACUAGACGAGAGACAGGAGAGCCGCGGCUCGAUCAAAAUGCGCCUCCCGAACAGCAGCAGAGGAGCCGAGCAGGACCUGAAAUUGAAGCUCCGCAUCCCAGAGAGACGAUCGGGUCCAGGAGAUGAAGGGAAGAACAAAGAGAAGCACAGAGAGCGGUCCAACCAUCACCACCACCACAAUCAUCACCAUCACCACUCCUCAGGGAGCGGUUCCUCGUCGUCAUCAUCUUUAUCAGUGCACAAACACUCCGGCUCUGCAACUGCUUCCACGAGUAGCAAGAAAGCAGACCCGACGAGAACGAGCUCCUCGUCGCGAAAGCGAACUCACUUGUCCGAGCCCUCAUCUAGUGCUCACCCUUCUAAAGUCAGCAAGUCGUCCAGGAAUUCGUACCAGCUGCCCCCGCUGCCUCCCGACAUCCUGCCCUCGCUUGCGCUUUCGCACAAUCAGGGAAACUUCUCACUCUCCAAAACGGACAAGGCUGACACCAACGGGCACGGCGCCAGCUCAGGUGGUCAGUCGAACGAGUUCCAGGACACGUUCGACAUGCUGAAUUCGUUGCUUAGUGCUCAGGGUGUGCAGCCUGCGCAGCCCCAAAUGUUUAACUAUCACUCCCAGUUCGGUGAGUACAGAUACAGCGCAAGCUCGAGAGGAGGGAACCCGCAACCUCCACCACUGCCCUCGGAACCUCCUCCACGGCUUCCACCGCUGCCCGAAUGAACCGUCUGUCACACCCCGUCCACGAACCGUCCCAGGCUUCCAAGAUUUCAUCCAUCCAGCGUCUCCGUUUCUAUCAUGUGCAUUAAGAUUUCACGGAAAAUGGACGUACCACUAUUAUAUGCACAUUCUGCUUCAGCCUGUUUAAUCCACCCCGAGUCAUCCUCGGUGUCCUCGUGCAUGGGUGGUUCCACGGCACCCGAAUGUGUGGCAAUAAUGGCUAUAACUAUAAAAUAUAAACUAUUAAAAUCUAGCAAAAAAAAAUGCAAAAGCAAAAUGUUAUUUAUUUAAAAAAAAAAAUUGUACAUACUAUUUUUGUCACUCAAUUUUAUAUAUGCAUUAUGUCUAAAUGAUGACUAAUAGGAAUUAUGUAACUGAGCAAGGGGGACCAUUUUGUGUUUUGGUGGUCAUCCUCUUUGAGUAACUGUUGACGAAACAGAAAAUGAAAGUUGUUUUUACAUAUGGGUUUUUAACAAUUAGUGUCUCUUUUUUUCUAAACUACGAUAUUUAUUGAUGGUCUUUUAAAACAUUACUAUAUGGUUUGUUUUUGUUCUUUUGCUUUGGAAGUCAUUUGGAUUUAUUUUUGUAUUGUUUUCGAAUCCGUGUAUCAUUCAUUCUUUUCAUAUUCGACUAAGAAAAAAUAUCAGAAAAUGAAAAAAUGGCUUCUUAUUUAUUUACAAAUCUAAAAUGAAAAAAUUAAGAAUGGAAAAACAAUUUAUUUCAAUCUAAUGCUGAGAAAAAAACUUUUAGCCUGCAUAUAGCCGUGGUUUCAUGAAGAAUGGUUUAACCUCAGUUAGUGUUUCCGCAGUCCUCUUUGAGGGUUACACAUUUGGCUCCCUUAUAUAGCACGAAACUCUAUGCUCUUCAGUAAAAAUAAAAAAAAGACUACUUGUUUAUUCAUGUGCUUCAGAAAGUUAUUUCUGCGUCAUAGCCCAAAAAAAAACAAUUUGUUCAAAUGAAACCUGAUAUUUGACCCAUUUUUUUAAUGUCUUAUUUUUAAUUUUAGAUUGAAAGAACGAAAAACAACGUGGUGUUCGUAUUGAGUUUGAUAAUGAAUAAUGACAAGCCAUUUUUUCCACUUUCUGAUAUUCAGUACUGAAUUGAAUAUGAAAAGAACGAAUGAUGUGUGGAAUUUUUUUUUUUUUUUUUUUUUUUUUUUUUUAGCCCUGUUUGAAUCGUGUUUGUCAUUUUGUGUACAAGUUGGGGGAAAAAAAAAAACCUAUCCCACAGAAAUUUGCAUCAAAAUAUUUCUAAAAAUCUCAUUUGUCUGUUUGUUCAGACUAGUGUUCAUGAUCUAAAGUGGACAUGCAAUAUUUUUCCCAUUUAAAGAAAAAAAAAUUUAAAUGUGUUUUAUCUUUGCAUUUUUAAUGAAUUUGUGGGCCCUUGGUGGAACAGUCAUUGUUUUAAAUGGUUGUAAAUUGUGCUCGAAUUCAACUGAAAUAUACAUAUAUAUAUAUAUAUAAACAUUGUUUUCAUUUUGAUACCAACCCAGGCAGUAUCUAAUACGUUUAUUAAUUUUUCUUUGGAAUGUUGUGCAUCACACAAUGAAAUAACAUGAAAGAUGUCAGACUGUGCAUGUCCUGUUUGGGUUUUAUUUUAUUUUUUGUUUGGUUUGGUUGCCCCCCCCCCCCCCUCCAGAAUAUAAAUAUCACAUAAUGGCAGAAGAGACCCUAAGCCAUUGUGAAGCAUUUACAGACAUUUAUAAACUCAUAACCCAUGUUCAAAUAAUCCGCUUGAAUAUGUCUACCAAAGUUGUAUGCAGCACAGAGGGUAUAGAUCAUGUAGAGAAAAUCCAUCCAUUGCCAUGCAUAUCAUUUGUUUUUGUUGUUGUUUUUGUUUUCUAAUGAAUUCUACAAAGAUUUUACUUUGAAAGAUAUGUUUAGCUUGUUUCUGAGACAUGAAACGACUGCAUUCUAACAUCGCAUUAAUGUUACUGUUAAUGUCGUGCCUGCCUCUGGUUACUUUAUAUAACAGGACGUAUUGCGAUUAUAUCCAUCCUAGCAUUACACAAGCAUUCACGAUAAGCUCUGCAUGCUAAUGAUGUACUGUUUUAGUUUGAGAGUAUUAUUACCACUCAUUCCUCUGAGGCUAGAUUCUGCCAUGACUCAUUACCAAAAGCAUGAAGCACACACUCCUUAACUCUCCCUACUGAAUUUCUAGAUGGUGCUGGAGAUAAAGGGGUUACACAAGCUGGUUUUUUUUUUUUGUUUUGUGUUUUUUUGUUGUAUCAGAUUCCUGGUAUCAUGAGAAUGUGGGAAGGUUGAAUCUCAGUCUCGUGCAAUCACCACUGCAUCUUUUCACGCCUGCAAAGAAAAGAUUUUUUUUAUUAUUUUUUUUUUAUUAUUAAAUGUACACACCACACUAUGUUCAGUGGUACCACAUGAACUCUCAGGUUUCAGAUAUGAAUUCUUGGAACAUUUCUUGGCAGAAGAAACUUUGUGAAAUCUGUUCCUUUUUCUAAAUGUGAUUAUCUCAUGUAAAUAAAUGUUUUAUGAGAACAUGC